AUGGCUGAAGUAAUGGAUACAGAAGCCAUUCUCUCAAAAGAAUUGCCGCCUCCGCCGCAGACAUGGGAAAAUAACGAGGAAACGGCAUUGCGAAGCGAUCAUGGUGAUGAUGACAGUGAUAGUGGAAAAAAGGCAAAAAAGAAACGCAAGCAUAAGCACAGUCAUGGUUCCAGUAGCGACGAAGACGAAAAACGGAAACAUAAAAAGCAUCGACAUAAAAAAAAGAAAGAAAAAAAGGCAAAAAAAGCAAAGAAGGAGAAGAGGAAGAAAAAAGAGCUCUGCAGGGAGCUUAGCGAAGCGGAUCUCGAAGAACUGGAGAAACGAAAGAAAGCACUGGAACAGAAACUGAGGAGAGAGCUUGAGCAGAAGAACAAAGGUACGAUCGCUGAACGAAAUGGCACCCUCUCAGAUGCUGGCAGUAAUAGCUCCUCAGGUAUGCUAGAAAAAGAAUAUAAAGGAAAGUGGGAUGAGGAAUCUGAUGAAGAACAAGAGGACCAAAAGCGCAAGGAGGAAAGUGCAAAAGUAGAACGCCAGGCCAUCGAAAGUAUGGAGAAGCGUCGAGAAAAGCAUGAAAGAGAGCAUGUGAAGGAGGAACACAGAGGAUCGGGUGAGGGUGCAAACAAACGAAUGUCGCUAAAAGUUGAGGAAACCAAAAAAACACUAACGGAUGAGAAAUCCAUAAAAGACAAGUUUCGGAUUGCUUCGUUUGAAUUAAAGCGAAAACGCGUUUAUCCGCUGGAACAACGAUCGCGACACUCAGCCGAAUAUGAAUUAGCCAAAAAGAGAAGAGAGGAAAUUGAGUUGGUUUUGAGGGACGAGGAACAGCGCGACAAAAAAAGCGGACAGUCCGAGGCCACCGAUAAAAAAGUAGGAAAAACGACGGAUGAAAAAGGGGACGCGAAGAAAACUGAAUCGGAGCUAAAAGCCAGAAACGAAGAGAGGAAAAAAGACUCAAAACUUGAGAAAGUGAAGUCCGACGAGAGCUCCGGUACUACUACAAAGGCGGAAAACGGCGAAAAGCAUUCGUCCUCUGACCGAAGAAGCGAUCCAGGAAGAAAAAAAGAAAGCGAGCCAGAUUCGAGAAGACGAAACGAUUCGGACCAGGGUCUUUCGCAGUCAUCCCGAGAUACAAAACGUAGCAUACACGAGAAGAAAACGGAACAGGAUUCUACCUCACGUGACCGGAAAACACGCCGUAGUUCGUCGAGGUCUCGAGAUGAGAAGCACAGAAGCAGUUCACGGUCGCAUCGUAACGAAAAUGAACAGGAAACUCGGGAUAAACGUGUGGAAAGGCGCUCCCGUUCUACUGGACGACGUACUGCUCGCUCAAAAUCCAGGUGA